UCACGUGCUAUUGUUUAGAGCAGGAAACUGUCGGUUAACGUUACGAGUGCACGCAGCAGCUGCUGGGAUAUCUUGUCGCUUAUUGAUGUGUAUUUGCCUUUACACCGUGCAGCAUGACCGUGGGACGGGCUGCUUCUCCAGUGGAAAGGGAAUUUGAUUACCAGUAUGCUUAUAAGACGAAUAAACACAUCCGACACGCAUCCAGCUGCUGCUGCUGCUGCUAGCUCGCGAGGUAGCUAUCUGCCGUAGCUUACCAGUGUGGGAAGCGAGCUAACCGUGGCUAGCCAGUCAGUCGCUCUCCGGCUAGCUACAGUUUACCUCCAAGGCGUGAAAAGUUGAUAAUUACCUGUACCUGGCUACUAGGCCAGUUAGUUACCUGUUUUUGUGUAACGUCAAGGGACAAAAUGGAGCUGUUUCAAGCCAAAGACGACUACAUUCUCCAGAGCGGAGAUCGUGCUCUGUGGUGCAGCCGAAAAGACGGGACCAUGACAGUCAGACCUGCAACAGACCUGUUGUUAGCUUGGAAUCCAGUGUGUUUGGGUGUGGUAGACGGUAUCAUUGGAAAGAUACAGCUUCACACAGACCUUCCUCUGGGCCUCGUUUUAAUACGCCAGAAAGCACUGGUGGGCAAUUUACCAGGCAACCACAAAGUCUACAAGAUCACCAAGAUAGCCGUCAUUCCCCUGUCUGACGAAGAGCCUCAGGAGCUUGAGCUGGAGGGGAGCUUCAUGGAUGGUGAGACAGAAUAUUUUCAACUUUGCAAGAAGCAUCACUUUGGAAUCGACAGACCAGACAAACUGGCCCAGUCUCCUGACGAAUCAAAGUUCUUGAUGAAGACCUUCAGCCAGAUCAAAUCUAAUGUUGCUGUGCCCAUCAAGAAAAAGUAUUCCCCUGCCUUCCAGGUCAAGGAAAAUAAAGAGAAAGAACGUCUGGAGAGGCGGCUGCUGGAUGAGCUGUACAAGGUAUUCAUGGACUCUGAUUCCUUCUACUACAGCAUGACCUACGACCUGACAAACAGUGUGCAGCGCCAGGGAGACUCGGAUAGGUCCAGCUUACCCCUAUGGAAACAGGUGGACGACCGCUUCUUCUGGAAUAAACACAUGAUCCAGGACCUUAUUGACCUUAAGGUGCCAGAGGUGGACUUCUGGGUGAUCCCAAUCAUCCAGGGCUUUGUACAGGUGGAGGAACUGGUGGUGAACUACAAUGAGACAUUCGACGAAGAGAGGAGCAGCCCUGAAACGCCACCACAGGAGGUCACCUGUGUUGAUGAUAUCCACCCCCGCUUUACCGUGGCCCUAAUCUCCAGGCGCAGUCGCCACCGCGCAGGGAUGCGGUACAAACGCAGAGGAGUGGAUACUGAUGGCCAUGUGGCUAACUAUGUGGAGACAGAACAGUUAAUCCACGUGCACAGCCACACUCUGUCCUUUGUGCAGACUCGUGGCUCCGUGCCUGUCUUCUGGAGCCAGGCAGGGUACCGCUACAAUCCCCGGCCACGCUUAGAGAAAGGAGAGAAGGAGACCAUGUCUUACUUUUCUGCUCACUUUGAAGAACAGCUUAAACUCUACAAGAUGCAGGUCAUCAUUAACUUAGUGGAUCAAAGUGGACGGGAGAAGAUAAUUGGGGACGCAUAUCUGAAGCAAGUCCUGCUUUACAACAACCCAAACCUCACAUAUGUUUCAUUUGACUUUCAUGAGCAUUGCCGAGGUAUGAAGUUUGAAAAUGUGCAAGUACUGACAGAUGCGAUCUCUGACCUCAUCACUGACAUGAAGUGGGCCUGGGUGGAUCAGGCCGGAGUGAUCUGCAAGCAGGAGGGUAUCUUUAGAGUCAACUGUAUGGACUGCCUCGACAGGACCAACGUGGUCCAGGCGGCUAUUGCUCGGGUGGUGAUGGAACAACAGCUGAAGAAACUGGGUGUGAUGCCUCCCGAGCAGCCUCUGCCUCUCAAAUGCUACAGGAUUUAUCAGAUCAUGUGGGCCAACAAUGGAGACACCAUCAGCAGACAGUAUGCAGGCACAGCAGCGCUCAAGGGAGAUUUCACCAGGACGGGGGAGAGGAAACUGGCAGGUGUGAUGAAGGAUGGCGUGAACUCAGCCAACCGCUACUAUCUGAACCGCUUCAGGGAUGCUUAUAGACAGGCAGUCAUUGACCUAAUGAUGGGCCUGCCAGUGACAGAGGACCUGUACUCCAUCUUUAGUAAGGAAAAGGAGCAUGAAGAGAAAGAGAGCCAGAGGGGAGCACAGGAGCAGGUCAGCCUCCUGCUGCAGACCUACAUGCAGCUUUUGCUGCUGGACGAUGAGAGGUUUCAUGGAGGUUGGGCCCUCAUCAAUUGUGACAUGAGCCUCAUUGAUGCAACCAACAAAGACGUGGAUGUGCUGCUGCUUCUGUCUGACAAAGCCUAUUACAUUGCAUACUACGAUGAAGAAGCAGACAAAGUCGACCAAUACCAGCGCCUCAAUUUAGAGGGUUUGGAAAAGAUCGAAAUCGGUCCAGAGCCUACUCUGUUUGGGAAGCCAAAGUUCUGCUGUAUGCGUUUGCACUACAGGAAUGAAGAGACGAGUGGAUACUUUCACACACUGAGAGCAGCAACACGAAAUCCUGAGGAUGAUGGAAAAGACACAUUACAAUGCAUAGCUGAGAUGCUUCGGAUAAUGAAGCAGGCCGCAGGGCUGGACCUGCUUGUGGUUGAAAAGAAGCUGGAUAGGCGGCAGAGUAGGCCUCAUGAGGAUAUAAUGGGCAUCCAGAACAAACCUGCUGACCAUGUCCAGGGUAGCUCUGGUCUAGCUCAGGGCAAAAGUUUCCUUCUCAACAAGUUCUCCUCUCUUAAUCAGAAAGUUAAACAGACCAAGACGAAUGUAAACAUUGGCCCCUUCAAGCCCCUUGGGAAACUGGGAAACUUCUCUAAGCCUGAUGUAAAAGUCAAUUUCCUAAAGCCAACUAUGCAUGUCAACCUGUGGAAGUCAGACAGCAGCUUGGAAACCUCAGAUAGCAACCCUGGCACAGUAGCCCGAAAAAAUAUCGGUGAAGGGCAUUCUGAAAUGUCAGAUGACUCUGACUCCUACAAUUCUGACCCAGACCACCCGUGUUCUGGUUCUUUAGAAAACGUGGACUAUGUGCUGCCCAGCUGCGGCAUUGUAGCAUCAAACCCACGGCUGGGCAGUCGCUCUCAGUCUAUUGGCAGUGUGGAGCUGAAUAUCCCCUCUAUUAUCCGGGUCACUGGCUGUGAUGAGAAGCAGGAAAGAACCUCUCAAGACAGUGAUGACAAAUCCUCAGGGGCCGCCUCGGUGGCUGAAGAAGCCAUUCUGAUUGACUUUGGUACGCCCAUUGAUGCCUACUGCCAGCAGUUUGUCCAGGAUGCACAAACCAAACCUGUUGAGGUGUUUGGAGAGCAGCUGCCCCCACUCAACCCUGUGGUUCCUGUGCAGAAUAAGACCCUUGCAGACCCAGACAAGCGGCCAAGCUCUGAGCCGCAGCAUAAGCCGGAGGAGCCCCAGCUCCCCAGGCCAUCCCAGCUAGACGUCGACUCCACUACCUCCAGUUCCAACCUCCUCGCUGUCCAAAAGCUCAGCUCUGCGGCCUCCGGAGGCUCUCAGAGGAGCCUUUGUUCACAGAUGGAGGGCAGCCUCGGCCCUUCACCUGCUGACAGCAACGGCAGCCGAGUGGUGUCCCCCUUCGCCAAGAUCAAGAGCUCCAUGGUCCAGGUGGCCAGCCUCACCCAGGCGGGACUCACCCAGGGCAUCAACUUUGCUGUGGCAAAGGUACAGAAGAGCCCAGAGCCAGACACUGUCACUGAAGCUCAAGACAGUGAGCUGAAGGCAAUGUUUACACAGUGCCAGACCAGGAUCAUUCAGAUCUAGUGCUUUCCUUGUAGCAGGAUUUUGUAGUCGUUCGUCGUGUUAAAACUUCCUGUAUGGUAGCAGUAGCAAAAGCUUGCACAUAGCGUCACUACUCGGCCAAGAACUGCACUCUUAAAUCUGCCCUUAAGUUAAACUUGCCCGUGUUAAUUAUGACUCUUUUACAGAAUUUAGGGACAGUACUUAAGCCCAACAUGACAGUGACCAUGUUUACAUGCACAUUAUUAUGGACUCUUAGGAGAUCACUGAUUGUCCAGUUAUUUGAGCUAAGUGUUGAAUAAGCAAUUAUGUUAUACUGUGUCCAAUUUUAUAUUGUUGAACUUCUGAUUAAUUUGAGCGUACAUUCUUAUCCUAAAAUACUGCAGAAAAAGUGGUACCGUAGUAGAAGUUUUCUUAUCAAAUUUCAAAGAUAUUCACAUUACGACUACCUUAAGAGACCAGAAACAAGAUGGAAGAAGAUAUGUUUGUUUUUUUAAGAUGUUUUAAACUCAUGUGCUGUACAUGUACUUACAGAGUGGUAUGCAAAGUAUUUUUGUGCAUGUAAACAAUGUCACUAUCCAUAGUCUGAAUGGUUAUUAUACCCACAGUGCUUGCAUGUGAGGUUAAUGGUAGCUGAUUUUGACACGGCCGAUAAACGUUAGCUGUAUGUUAAAAGGCCAGUCUGACUUUAUCAUGUACUGUACGUCAUCAUGUAUGUAGAGGUCACCUUUUGAGAUAUAGACCACGUAAUAACCUUCAAUUUGUAACAGUUGUAGAAUCCGACCAAAUAUCUUUUUUGAUUCCCAAAGGACCAUUCUGUGUUAACUAUUACCUUUGUACAGCUUUCAGAAACUAGCCAGACAACAUCCUGUACGUAGUUACCCUAUGUAAUAUUAAUGUUGUCAAGUGUAACUUAGAACAUAUACCGUUAUAGAAAUAAUGACUACACAAGACAUUAGUAAGAGUAUCCUGGUUGUUGAUAUGUACAGUGAGUAUCGUGUGGUUAUCUGUUCCCUGAGUAGAGCCUUCCCUUAAGCUUUUUGUAUAGAUGGUAGGGUGGGAUCUCAAAGAGGUAUGAGCAUUAUAUUUUCAAAAGAACUCCCAGUACUGUCAUUGAUAACCACGAAUACCCAGAAAACUUGGAGUUGGAGUGGUUUUUGAUAGGUAAAAUGUAAUGAAAUAAUUAUUCUGCUAAUGGUUGUACUAGUAAACAACGAGGGUACUCGGCCAGCGUUGUACAUUGACGUUGCAUGUUUGACAAAGACAAGAGAGUAGCAUAUAGUAGGAAUAUAUGCAAUUGCACCCAUCCAAUUAUUAGAACCACUGACGUUUUAUGCACUCCCCAAACUAAAAGCAUAUUUGCCUUAACAGGGAAUUGAAGUGGGAUUAUGUAUAUCAGGUAUUUAUGGCAAAAUCUACCUUUUUAAGUCCAUUCUUACAUGUUACAUUUGGUGUAUUGUAUAAAAGAUCAUGUUACUGUAUGUCAUCAAGGUUUAUCUCUGGAUAUUUCAUCCACUGGCACAUAACAUUCUCCAUAGAAAUGAGCAGGUUUUGGAGAUGUUUGCCGUUUUCUUUGUUUUAUUGCUGCUGGUAUUUUAGGAGUGCUUGUCUUAGAGUUAGUUAUAUUUAUGUGCUAUGAAGCCGUUAACAUUGUUGCAUUGUACAUGUUUUUCCGUUAACCUCAAGUGAGGUUUUUGCCUCGUUAGUCACCCGUUACACUUGUGGUUAUCAUCCAGUGAACAUGUCCCAUAUGACCGUCCUCCAGAAGAAAUUAUAAUGUAUCAAGGCCACCUCAUUACAUGGCUUUGUAUUUCUGUGUCGAUUUAUGAUAAGUAAUAAUAAUCUGGUUUUCUCUGAGCUGCAAUAUCCCAAGAUAAACUGUCACCGGUUUCAUAUUUUGUGUUAAAUUUGCCUGUUUGCAUUUAGCUUGCUCACCAGCAGAUGAGAAGUGCAACACUUGUUUAUUUUAUUUGACUAUACUUGGGUUAUUUGAGAUUGUAGCCUUGGCUGCUUUGUGGGUGCUAUAUUAUAUAGUUAUUAAACCUGCUGAUAGUGUGUGGUGCUGCCAAAAGCUUUAAGGUAAUAGCUGCAAAGUUUGAAUGCAGAUGCAGGUGUUUUUUUUUUUUUUUUUUUUACUUCCCACAGGAUUGCAAACACUGGAGCAGUUGUCAAGCAUAGCAGAAAUAUAUUCUAGCCCAUACUUGCUGUGUUAAACUAGAAGAACAGUAAUCCUCAACAUUCCCGAUAGAGACCACAAUGCUAUAGUAUUGGUGUCUGGUUUUUAUAUGCAAAAGCUGGAAUAGUUUAAUUUGAUUCUAUAUUUGCUGGGUGAGAUUUUCUUUUUUCCUUUCCUCUUUUUUUUUUUUUUUUUUAACACCAAGUGCUUUUGCAACCACCUCUUCAUUUGUUUGUCUGUGGUUGUCCUCCACUCCUAUAGGGACCCCAGACCAUGACAAGUUAUCAUGCAACUAGAGGUCUUAAAGUAUUUGAUUUGCACUGUUUCUAGCAUUAGCACCCUUUUCCUCUCAAUGUCAUCUUUCCUCUUUACCAACUGACUGUUGUCAUUGUUUUCCAUGGUGUACUGAGAUUGUAUUAUAUAUUAAAGUAUCCUAUUUAUUCUUA